UUAGCAGGCAAUACCGCAUGGGUGACCCAGAAGUUAUUGACAGAACUCAAAUUAGCAAAGCUGUUGCAGCUUUGCUAGCGUAUUUUCGUGAAACCAAGGGCAAAGAGAUGUCACUACUGAACGAGAACGAAGUGAUUUCAUUACAGAUUGCUGUUAAGAAGAUAUCACAGGCAUCGGUCAAGCCGAAACGCAUACCUUUGCCACACACAUUACAUGUUCCUGGAGAAGCUGGCAUUUGCCUGAUUACUAAAGAUAGCAAAGAAAAGGUUAAGGCACUACUGACAGAGCACAGUGUUGAAGGUGUAACUAAAGUUCUACCACUUGACAAACUGAAGCGAGAGUUCAGAUCAUUUGAGGCUAGGAUUCGCUUGGUUGAUAUGUAUGAUAUAUUUCUCACUGAUGAUCGUGUUUACCACCGGCUUCCUCAAUAUCUUGGGAAGAAGUUCUACGUUAGAAAAAAGAGGCCACAUCCUGUGAAUCUGAGGUCAAAGAAUCUAGCGAAAGAUAUUGCUCAAGCUCGUGAUGCAACUUACCUCUAUCUUGGGCGAGGACCAUGCAGUUCUGUUCCUGUUGGGAACACGGGAAUGCCUCAAGACCAUAUUCUGCAUAACAUUCGACAUGCGAUUAGUGUCGCCAUGAGAAAGAUACCACGAGGUUGGAAGAACAUUCAAUCUAUUCAUGUGAAAACAACUUCAUCAAUGGCAUUGCCAUUAUUUAACUCAUUGCCAACAGAGCCAAAACUACUGGGACAAGUGAGACAUAAAACAUGGAAAGACUCUGUUGACAUAGCAGUAGAUGAAACAGAAGAAGGUGCCAGAGAACUAAGUAGCAUGCCAGUUCAGUAACUAGGAGGAUGUUGUUGUUAUGUUAGAAAUGAUGACAUGUAGGGCACUAAAAAAUUCAAAAGUAUGGUGGUGUUUAUAGUUACUGUGUUAACAUUUUCUGUUACUACUGAUUUUAUCCAUGUUUAAUCUUGUAAGUGAUAAAUACUGUGCUUUUGUGUUGCAUUGUCCUGCAAUCCUGGUCAA